GGGCGCGGGGCAGCGGGCGCGGGAUGCGGGGCGCAAGGUGCCGGGCGCGGGCCGGUCCUCUCUCCCCCGCCUCCCUCCAGCCUCGCCGAAAGUUUUCCCGCGGUGUUCCCAGCCGGGUCCAGGUCAGCGCCUCAGUCCUCGGCUGCCCUGGUCUCCUCCCUCCUCCCCCGACCGCCGGGGUUCCUGGGCGUGCGGACUCCCCGGGGGGCGCGUGGGCGCCAACCCCUGCACGCCCACCUUCUGGUCGGAGAAAGUUGUGGUCCCAAGCUCGUCUUUCCCCGAGACCCCUGGGGGUCCUUCCUUCUCUCCGCGCCAGGGGCGGCGACAGGAAGGCGCCCCCACCCCUUCUUCGGGGCCCCGGGACUCCGUGGUGAGCUGGGGCCGGGCAGCAGGUGCAAGGCUGGCAGGCCCGGACAGCGCUGGGAGUGCCCGACCCCAGCCCGGUCCCCAUCUUCCCUGCCCAACGGACGGUUCCCCAGAGGCGGUUCCAGCACCCAGCGCGGGCGGGCGGCGCGCCCGAGGCUCCUCCCGGAGGGCGCAGGGGCCCGGGGCCCUCGGUCCUCGUGGCACUUCCCCUUUGCGGUCUCCCCGCCCGCCUACGGAGCUAGUGCUGAGGUCGUGGGGGACCGCGGCUUCGCGUUCUCUCUCGCCCGAGAGAGGCAGGUGCCUUGGGCGACCCGGGUACUUCUGCAUUUCGGGCGCCUGCUUUGCAUUCAGCUCUUAAGCUGGGAAAGCCCUGGGGACAGCACAGAGAGGCGAGGUGGCCGGGCGGGGAGACAGAGGGCUCCAUCUUACUCUGGGGCUCUCUGUGGGUGCUGGGUUGUUCACAGCACCUCUGCGCCUCAGUGACAGCAGGAGCUGAGCGCUAGGCUUCCCAGGUGUCCGGAAUCCGGGUUCUCCCAGAGGAGAGAGGCUGUGACUAGUGUUGGCCAGGUUUAUAGUAAGUACCUUAAUGUGAUGAAUGAAAGUUUGAACCAGUGAGCUGACAAAUAACAAUUCAUCCUGGAGUGAGACUCUGUUCCUGCCACAGUUGAUCUUGGUACAAUGGGAGGAAAGAAUUAGAAACAAUGAUUCUUUUAAACAGCUGUGAUUCAGAGCCAGGGGCCUUCUUGCCAGAGCAUCUGGAGGAGGAAUCUGGGGUUGGAUUUAUUUUACUUAUCAAUCCACAUUUAUUUCCUGGGAACUUUUUCUGCAGGUGGUCUGAGGAAUUAAAGAAAGUUCUCACUGCUAAGAGAUAUGGGUUAUUUUGAGGGUUAUUUUUGUUUUUGUUUUGUUUUGUUUUUAGCUUGUGUCCAAAUGCAGUGUCCCAGGGACUAAAUGUGGAGUCAGCCUGGGAGGUGCCCACUUGGGAGCAGCGACCCUGGAGUGGCAAAGUGAGGGUGGGCACCAGCUUUCUGCUCUGGAUCAGGCAGCCUGACGCCUGGGAACUGCUGCAGCCUGCUGGGCCGCGGGAGGCUACAAGAAGGUCUCAGUUGGUGGCUGAGCUGGGAGAGGUGGGGUAGGUUGGGAAAGCCGGCAGAUAGUUCUUGCCCUGGAAGAAGGAGAGGAAGCCGUAGAUACAGCCUGCCUGGGCACCUGGGAGGGUGGGCUGGGACAGUUGGGGAUUCUCUGUGCUGGGGACGCUGAGCGGGGAGUCUUGCCCCUCCUUCAGAAGACAGGAGAGCAGGGGUGCCGUACUGAGAGGCAGGAUCAUCUAGCGGUGGGGGCGGGGGGCGGGUAGCCCAGAUAUAUCCCAUGUUCCUCGCCCUUAUUUUUGUGCUGGUGAAAUCGGUUAAAAUGAGGGGUAUCUUCGGGGAGCCGGGCUGAAAGGGGGCCGGGGGACCUGGAGCCCCCAGGCCUGCCCCCCUCCAGGGGAAGGUGGGGUGUGUGCCCUCUGCACCUGACUGCGUGGGCCAGGGCAUGUGCACCUGUGCCUGUGUUCCUCCCCUGGCAGCAUCCCCACCUUCCUGAGGGGGUCUCAUUCUGCCACGGGGGCUCCAGAGCCCGCCUGCCUCUCUGCAUGUCUGCACUGCUUCUGUUUGGGGCUCCAGGACCUCUCUCCGGUUUGUGUUGUCUUGGAAGUUAGUUAGGAGUGGUGUACGACCUUCUUCUCAGUCCCUCAACCCCCCCUGUUCUCAGAUGCGCUAUCCUACCUGGGGCCUGUCAGUCACCCACUGGUUUUGCUUUGAUUUCUUCGUCUGUUUUCCGGGGCCCCAGAGCCAGGCUUCGUGUCUGCCUUCUGUGCGUGAGCUGCUUAGGAAUGGCCGAGAGAGUUGGCUGGAGCCGGGCCCAGGACCGCACAUCCUGGCACCUCCGCUGGAGUGCCAAAGGCUGUCCCAAAGCACAAAAGAACGUUGGCCUGAUUCUUGCCUUCGGUCCUCCCCGGGUACUCGGGCAGGAAGUGUCCUCACCGGGAGGGGAUGUGGAGGCAGGACGAGAUUGCCAGCGAAUUCUGCUGAGAGGCUAGGAAAUGGACUGGGAUUUGCCUUGUGUCUCCUUCUCUCCCCCAGGGUGAGAAGCUGGACAGGUCUCCGCGGUGUGCUCGGAACAGAAGACGCCCAGUCUCUCUGUCUUCAAGACAGUUGCUGAGAGCUGCGACCACGCGAUUUACAGAACUGGGGCGGCGGUCCCUUUCUGCCACCUCCCUGCUUCUGCCACCACUCUUUACAGUAGGGUCCAGUGAUUUACCCUAAUGACCCACUGCCCUAUUUAGGCACCUCCCCGCAUCUCCAGAAGAAUUUUAAAUAAGUCCUUAAGGUGGGGUAAGCUCCCACAGGCCUGUGAUUGCUGGUUUCAUUUCUUUGGCCUGCCUCCGGGCUCCCCUGGAGGAGAUGUCUGUGUGAGAAUGGAGGGAAGCGGGCGCAGUAAACAGGGACGUCCUCCAGACUCGGCCAGCGGGGCGUCCAGUGGGUCAUUUUUGAUCAGCCCUGGGAUGGCAGGCAGACUCUGGAGCCUGUAAUCACAGGUUGGCGCGGCUGCUUGGGACGACAGCUUGAGGAUGCAGAACUCCUGCCCAAGUCAGCUGCGGCUGAAUCAGGGAAGGAAACCUUUCCCAGAAGUAGGGGGGUGGGGAGGGGCUCUUGGCUAAUUCCCGUGGGAUGAGCAAAGUGACUUAGAAGGACUUUGCCUAUUCAUUCCAUUGAUAAAACUUGACAAGAAGCUACCUUGUGCUGUCCUUGGGCAUCUCAACCCCAAGUGAUUUGGCAAGAUAGGUUUAGUUGACCAGCACGGUGCUUUACCCAUACUGGGCACUCAGUUAGAUUUGUGAGAUUUUGUUUUUUGUUAGAUUGUGAGAUUUUGUGUUUGUUAGAUUAAGUGCUCAUUUUUAUUUUUUUUAUUGUUUAUUUUAGAGAGAGAGGGAGGGGAGGGGCAGAGAGAGAGGGAGACACAGAAUCCGAAGCAGGCUCCAGGCUCUGAGCUGUCAGCACAGAGCCAGACGUGGGGCUCGAUCUCAGGAACCAUGAGAUCAUGGCCUGAGCCGAAGUCGGAUGCUUAACCGACUGAGCCACCCAGGCGCCCCUAACUGCUCAUUUCUAAAAGAGUAAUGCAGAAUAUUGGAUUUGGAGUUUGAAUGUGGUUUUAACAUUUUCGGCUGCAUGAUACCGGGCAAUGUAAUAGAUGCUGUCAGCAUCCUUCCCAUGUUCCGUUGGCCUCAACCAGUGACUGAUGAGAGAAGGUGAUAAAUACCCCAGUUCCCUCACAUCUCUGCUGGGGUGACUUAGGGGCACGUGCUGUGCCAUCAGAGUUGCCUAGUAACUGGCUCCCUUCACUGGCUGCUGUCCCUUCCCUGUCUCACUUUCCCAGCCCUCUUCCACUUGCACUCAGAUUCUUAUUUGAGGGUCAACUUCCAGGGGAAACCAACCCAGGAUAGGAUUUAGUUCACAGUCAUUUACCGGUAAAUGUAAACAGUAAUUUAAAGUCUCUGAGCCUCAGUUUCCCUAACUGUAAGAUGGAAACUGUAACUGUCUCACCGUGAUAUUGUGAUGUGCAUUCAGACAGGAGCCUGGCACAGGGCAGGCACUCAGGCAGACAUUUGCUGCUCAUUGAUUAAUAUGGAAGCGGCCAUGGUGGAUUUGGGAGCGGGUAUUAUGAUGGCCCAUGAAUGGCCAAUGCUUUGGAAAUAAGCUAUCCUUAGGCGAGGAGAGGAAACUGAGCUCAUCUGCUCAUGGCUUUCAUACCUAAGCUGUGACCAGUGAUACAUUUUGAACAACUGACUCUCUAGAGGUUGGGGGGAAGCCCUGCUUUGUAGUAUUUGUUGAUUUCUAUAGUGUAAGUAUUCCCACCGCGGCUGAUUUCAAGUUACCAACAUGGCGCCGUGAACACUAAGUCGGGAAGAGAUGUACAUAGUCAGCCCUUGAGAGCCAGUAGGAGCAGCUCCAGUUCGUAGCUGACCAUGACCGAGCUGGGAUGUGGCCUCAGUGAUCUUAAUUUUCAAUUUUGUAUACCAAGUAAGGAGGUUAAGAAUUGUAUGAGGCGUCCACAAUUCGGGGUAUGUUCAAGCUCUGCCCUUGAACAGCCAGCUGAAUCACUCUGUGUGAGAUGCUUCUGGGGUUUACUCAAAGACUAUUGAAAUGUUUAUGCUGUUGUCUUUCAGGGCCUCAGUUUCCCCAUCUCCGGGGUAAAGAAUUAGACGCUUCCACUAGAUCCUUCUGCCCCUGGGUCUCUUUAGGAAGAGUCCACUGCAUUCUUCUUGUGUCCACUCAAAAACAAAACCUUUCACAAAGGAGAAUCUUUCAUGUGACCAUACUUCUAUUGUGCACCACAGGGCACUCAGCACUGGGCCCCGUUAGAGCCUUUUGCUGUGGUCUUCCCUGCUGGCAAAAGGGAAUUCAGUAGAGAUUAGCCCAGCCACGUUCCGCCUUCCUUGUGUACCGGUUUCUCUUCAUGACACAGGCAUGGCAUGUCCCCUGAGGAGGCCUGGGUGGUGGGGAGAGAGGAGCUGGUGUCUUUUGGAAGACUGUCCCCGCUUUCCUGAACCACAGUGCAAUGUCACAGACCUCCAAGUGAAAGCCAAGAGAAGUCCACAUGGAGAAGGAGACUUUCGUAUGACAGAAUCCAGCAUCCCUGGUGCGGUUUUACUCCUAAGUCUCGGUUGACAGUCCUCUUAAGGGAGUCCCUGACUCAGCAAUGCCACUGGUAGGAAGUCUUACCCUAAGGGUAUAAUUGGACAGGUGCAGGAAAAUACGUGCACAGGGAUGUCCCUUGCACCAUUAUUUGUAAUAAUAACAACCACCAAAAUGGAGACUAAAUCCCAACAAAAGGAAGCUUGUUCUUAUGGUACAGGUAUCCCUCGCUUUUUGAAAGUUCUUUGCCCUUAUGCUGCUUGGCUUUUAUGAAAGAUCUACCUUUGUACCUGUUUUUUUCUAACAGAAAGAAAUCUGAAGGGGAUUUUCACUUUUAUGAAAAUUGGCGAAAAGCAAAAAAUAGCAUUCAGUGUUUGUUUUGCAGCAAACUAAUGUAGAGGCUACGUACAACCUGAGCCCUGAGAGUGGUCCCGCCAGGCUCCUUCCCUGGGCCCAACACUCAGCAUGUCGGCAUCGAGCCUCAGAGCUUUGAACUGGGUUUGUGAGCACCUGUGCUUGUUUCAAUUUAUUUUGUGUAUCCGUUAGCAAGAUGUGGCCUGAGGUGUCGGAAAAGCCUAAGAGAGGUUCUUUUGGGGUCUAGGAGUGCUAAAAAUUUUUUCCACACAAAUUCAUGGGAAUUGCUUCUUUGCUUUAUACGACUUCGGCUCACAAAAGUUUCACAGGAACGCUCGACUUCUGGAUGGAAGGGAAGACCCGCAUAUCUAUAUGCUGGAAUACUGUGUGGCCGCAGAAAAUACAGGGUACAGAUGUGCAUCUAUUCCUGUGGAAAAAUAUAUUUCUAAAAAGCAGGUUACUGAACUGCGCUAUUUGUAAAAUGUAUCAUACCCUCUAUUUUAUAUUUGUCUCUGGAAGGAUGUACGGCAAAAUGUUCAUAGUGAUUGUUUCUGGUGAAAUUUGGGGAGAUACUGACCUUCGUCUUUUAAAAAAAAUAUUUAUUUAUUUUGAGAGCGAGGGAAAGCGUGAGUGCGGAAGGGGCAGAGAGAGAGGGAGAGAGACAGAAUCCCAAGCAUCGACGUGGGGCUCGAUCUCAUGACUGCGAGAUCAUGACCUGAGCCGAUAUCAAGAGUCAGACGCUUAACCGGCUGAGCCACCCACACGCCCCUGAUCUUAGUCUUUUUUUAAGUUAAAUAUUUAUAUUUUUUAUUUUUAAUUAUGGUAAAAUAUACAUAAUAUAAAAUCUAUCCCUUUUAUCCCUUUUAAGUGUACAGUUCAGGGGCUGUCUGGUCCGUUGGGUUCAUUGUAACGUGAUACCACCGACUGAGUGACUUAAAAACUACAGAAAUGUGUUUCUCAUGAUUCUGGAGGCUGGAAGUCCAAGGUCAGGGUGUCAGCAUGGGUGGGUGAGAGCCUUUUCCAGGUCUCUGACUUUGCAUUAUACCUUCACAUGGCAGAAAGGAUGGGGGGGCUCCAUGAGAUCUCUUUUAUGGGGGUGCCAAUCCCAUUCAUGAGGGUGGAGUCACCCCUAUGAAUCAUACCCAAAGGCCCCAUUUCCUCAUCCCAUCACGUGUUUUUUUUUUUAAGUUUUUUAAAAAAUGUCUAUUUAUUUUUGAGAGAGACAGAGACAGAGCAUGAGUGGGGGAGGGUCAGAGAGAGAGAGGGAGAUACAGACUUUGAAGCGGGUUCCAGGCUUUGAGCUGUCAGCACAGAGUCCAACGCGGGGCUCAAACUCACGGGCCGGACGGUGCAAUCAUGACCUGAGCCGGAGUCGGACGUUUAACCGACUGAGCCACCCAGGCGCCCCAUAUACCAUCACAUUUUGGGUUAGGAUUUCAACAUAUGCAUGUGGAGGGACACAAACAUUCAGACAACAGCAGUGACAUUAAGUGCAUUCCCAUUGUUAUCCAACCAUCACCAGUAUCCAUUUCCAGGACUUUUCCAUCAUCCCGCACAAAGACUCUACCCAUUGAACAUUAGCUUCCCACUCCUUACCCUCAAGCCUCCCACAGCCCCUAUUCCACUUACAGUCUUGGGGUUCACUGUGCCUUGAACGUAAGAGCUGUCCUGUAGUGAGUGAGGUCCAAACCAGGUAGAGGUGAGUUGUUGAGGCCAUCUUCCUUGAAGAUUGAGAAUGAGAUCCUCCCAUUUCAGUUUCAAGCAUCCUUUGUGUGUUCCGGGCUCUGAGGCUCAACUUGACCUGCUCAAUGCCCACCAUGGUGGCUGUGGUUAUGGCUGCUGAAUGUUCUGUCCAUAGGCAGGGUGACCUGCCUGGCAUGCAGGGAGGACUUUAGUUGGUGGGGGUCCAUGAGGCCCCAAGUGCUCUGGAGACAUGGGUGGUAGCCUUAGAUAGUCGGUGCCCUCUUCCUAAAGCUCCAUACGGGAUCUUACAGCUGGUCAUACAGACAUUUGGGAUAAGGAUUACUUUCUUAUGCCUGUGACAAGAUAAUCAGGCACAAGGUAUAGUGGGGUGGGGAACAGGGGAGAUGGUGUGUAUGCUUCAGCUUCAGGUUGAGUCUGAGGUAAGAGGGGGUCGGGAAGCUUCAGGACCCAGAAUUGGGAAACCAGGUCACGUGUUCAGGCGUCACGGGAGUGGAUCACGUGGCUUUUCUCUGGAACACCUUGUUCUGUGGGAAAAGCUUGAACUUUCUUGGUAAGUGAGCUCCCGGAAGGGCCUGUCAGGCUCUCCAGGGGGUCAGCCAUAGGAUGUAGGUCUGGGAAGGACAGACUUGCCCACUGGACUCUGGAAGUUUCUUUACCUGGCCCUGUCUGUUUCCUCUCUGCCCCGUGGGAGGCUGCUCUUUUAAUCCUAGACAGUCGGGGAAGUGUAAAGAUUUUACAGAGAUGGCCUUUGAAGCCCAUGUUGAGGAGAAGUCCUGUUUUUCACGCUGUUGAUUUUUCUUUAGGGUCAUUUGGCUGGCUGUAGGGCAGGCAGAAGAGGGUGUGAAUGUGGUUUUGUGGAAAACUUCCCCUCAGCCUCCUGGAAAUGUUCUGGAAACCCCCAGAUGAGCCAUCUCUCCUGGUAGUAGGACGGGUCUGAGAUCUGCUGCGUGAGAGUGAAUUUUUCCACACGCACAGGGGGUUAAGGGGGUUAAAGGAAGGUGGAUGUAAGAUGCCCCACCAUGGCUGCCCCCAGGGAGGGCCCAGCACACAUUGGAUUCUUCCUUUGCUUUCCGUUCCUUACUGCUUCUGAAGUGCAAGGAACCUACCCAACUUGGGGGGUGGGUGGGGUGAAGGAGGCCCACCCUCCUGGCUCUUGGGUUUCCAGUCCUGGCCCCGGGUAGCCAGGAGCAGAAACCCCAAGAUCUCUGCACACAAAACUCAGAAUCUUAGCCUAGAGCACCAAAAAAGGAAAAACUGCUGGGGUUCCCUGAGGAAGGGGAAGUGAGGUCAGAGAUGGGUCUCAGAGAAAUCACUCAGUAAACAGGAAGAGUGGCCAGAAAGAAACCUGUGCUUGUCAGAAACAGGGAACUGAAGGCAGCCCCUCCUCACCUGCCCAGAUCGGUCAGCACGUCCCCACAGAGCCGAGAUGCUAACCACAGAUAGCGAGUGGGGGCCCCAAGGGCAAGGACUCAUCCAGACCUUGGGCCCUCACCGUGGGUCGGGGCUCCACCUAAACCCCAUCAUUACUGGGCUGGAGGAAAGCCUAAUUCACCCUUCCCGAGGUACAACAUUAAGCUACCCUAUAAAAUAGCUCUUGGUUCUGAGAGAUGCAGGUCAAGAAAUGCUGUCUUAUUUGCCUGGUUAGGGCCAGUGUUUCCUCCACCAACUUCCCGUUCUUUUCCUCAGGCCAAGUCAGCCAUAGAGAGUUUCCCAAGUUGGUGGAGUUUAGCCCCUGCAGGGGGUAAUCUUGGUGAGGCCCUUCUGGUUAAAGAUGACGAAGGUGCUGCUUUAGGGAGGUGGAUGUAACCAGGCCCUUCCUCGGCAGGUCUGUCAGAUUGGAGGGUUAGAUUUCUAAGUCUUUAGUUUCUCUGAGCCAGAGUCUAAAUUCUACACACACGCAUGCGUGCGUUUUUUUACUUCCUUAAUGCCUUUUUUUUCCGUCCUGCUCCAACACCCUGGUUCUCUGAUGGGAGCCUAAGGGCCUUUGGAUUUCCUCCUAAACAUCCAUCCAGAAGGUCAAAAGCUCGUGGACGCCGGUGGGACUUUCCUAUAAACAAGUAGUUGCUCAUCCGGGCCUGCGAGGUGAUUGUUUGGAGAGCUUUCUCGGCAAGAACUCGAGGGCUUCAGCUUCUCCGCCACACAGUCCGACGUUUGACCCCAGCUCCGUCUCUUCCUGGCUGUGUGUUUUGGGACAAGCUACUUCGCGUCUUUGUGCCUCCUUGGUUUCAUCUGCAAAAUGGGGGUCUCCCCUUCUGAUGACAAGGGAAAGGAAGAAUGGAUUACAGUCACGAAACCUCCCUAGUCCCGUGUGGACAAGAUAAAUACAUCUCCAAGAACGAACUUCUCCUGCAUCUGAAGACCUACAAUUUGUACUAUGAAGGCCAGAAUUUGCAGCUGCGGCACCGUGAGGAGGAAGAUGAGUUCAUCGUGGAGGGGCUGCUGAACAUCUCCUGGGGGCUGCGCCGGCCCAUCCGCCUGCAGAUGCAAGAUGACAAUGAACGCAUCCGCCCCCCGCCAUCCUCUUCCUCCUGGCACUCUGGCUGUAACUUGGGGGCUCAGGGCACCAUCCUGAAGCCCCUCACCGUGCCCAACAUUCAGAUCUCAGAAGUGGAUGCCCCACCCGAGAGUGAACAGACAUCGAGUCCCACAGACUCCAGGGGCCUGAAGACCCUGCAGGAAGACACCCCACAGCUGAUGCGCACGCGCAGUGACGUUGGGGUGCGUCGCCGUGGCAAUGUGAGGACACCCAGUGACCAGAGGCGAAUCAGACGCCACCGAUUCUCCAUCAAUGGCCAUUUCUACAACCACAAGACGUCAGUGUUCACGCCGGCCUAUGGUUCUGUCACCAACGUCCGCAUCAACAGCACCAUGACCACCCCACAGGUCCUGAAGUUGCUGCUUAACAAAUUUAAGAUCGAGAAUUCCGCAGAAGAGUUUGCUUUGUAUGUGGUCCAUACCAGCGGUGAGAAACAGAAGCUCAAGAACACCGAUUACCCGCUGGUAGCUCGAAUCCUCCAGGGCCCGUGUGAGCAGGUCUCCAAAGUGUUUCUUAUGGAGAAGGACCAGGUGGAGGAAGUCACCUAUGAUGUGGCCCAGUACAUAAAGUUCGAGAUGCCUGUCCUUAAAAGCUUCAUUCAGAAGCUCCAAGAGGAAGAAGACCGGGAAGUCAAGAAGCUGAUACGCAAGUACACCGUGCUCCGGCUAAUGAUCCGGCAGAGGCUGGAAGAGAUGGCUGAGACCCCAGCAACAAUCUGAGCCACAAGAGGGAGGGGAUCCAGAUGCCACAGGGGCCGCCGCUGACAUGAGAAGAUGCACAGGAAGCUGGGUACCUUCCUUCUGUGGAAACCUUUAGAUGCAGACCUCUCCAGCUCCCACCAAGCCACCAUUUGCUGCCCGGAGCAGGAUGGAGAAGCCAGCAGACAACUCCCCAUCCCUGGAACCCUGUGCUCCGCUCCUUUCUUUCACUCACAAGGACUUUUGAUUUUGUUAUAAGGACCCAAAAUGUGUGCGUGGGCGUGUGUCCGCACAUGAGCGCGUGCGUGCACUGUAAGUGCGUGUGCACACACAGUACAUAAUCCACGUGCCUACCUGACAUUCACAUGCCAUUGAAUUCCAAACAACCCGCACAAGUGCCAUGGGGCUUGCAGGUAGGCUGGCCGAGACGGGGAAAAUCAGACGAGUCACCAAUCCGAGGGGUUUAAGUCGGAGGGAAGAUUUCUCUCCUCCAGUGCCAGGGAGCAAGCCACACAUGUUUAGAAGGGAGGGGACUCAGCCAGCGCACCAUUUGGGAUAUUUAUAUGUUAGUAGAGAUUCUCCCUGUACACGUAACAGGAUUGGGGAUUGGAACUUAACAAAAUAACAGCCCCACGCCCCUGGGGGAGGUGCGAUGGAAAGAGAAAGAUAAACCGUCCUUGGGGUAGCUGCAGUAGGCCCACAUGUUUUUACACUGGAAACUUGGAUUGUUUUAAAUAACAAAGACAUAUGUGAUGAUCUGCGCAGAUUCUGCCUCUGUCCUCGCCUCCACGGCCACGUCUAAGAGACAGGAGAGGAGCCUGAUGUGCUAAGCAUGCCAGGCUGCCGGCCCCAACUCUUUGGUGCCUCCGUGAGUUGAAGGAAGGGUCUCACCGGUUUGUACGUGGCAGGCUGGCUAGUGUGGCCGGGGCCUGGCCUCGUUCUGGGGUGGCGGCCAGAGAGUUUCCCUCUUUAGGGAAGUGUAGAGGCUCCUUGCAGAAAUGACAGGCCUGUGAGCCCGGCCCGUUUCAUACCACCAGGGGAGAUUCCUGCACUUGAUACUGAAGCCAUGUGUUUGAAGUCAAGGCUUCAGUCUUUCCAACCACUGGAUUCUUGCAAGUGGCCCUCACCUCGUGUGUGGACAUGGUCUUCCCAAGAGUGAGGAGGCUGCUAUUGACCGAGGUGGGGCCCAGGUCGGGCUGCACAGGGAGGGUGGAGCUUCUCUUUCGGGCUCUCUGAGCAGCCACCUGGGUGAUCUUUAGAGCAGACCCCAGUGCAGGGAAAGGGCAGGACAGUCUGUCCCCGUGGGGUCCCCAUCAGGAAGACUUCCGGGCAGCUGAGCAACAGUAUGGCUGACACAGUUUGAAGAGGGACAGAUAGAUGCAUGGGGGCAGGGUGCCUGGCUGGGAGAUCAACCAAGCAAGGCCAGGAGCUUCUGACAUCAGGGGUCUCAGCUUUGGUGGUGGAGAGACUCCCCAUCUCUUCACCUCCCCUCCAAGGAAGGUUUGGGGAGCUGGGCGGUUGGGGGAAGGAGUGCCAGUGGUCAGCACCUGCAAGGAAGGUGGAGGUUUGCAGCAGAGCGGUUCCUGCCCCCUGCUGUCCCCUGUGGCCUCCGUGGCCUCUGUAGGUGGCUCACAGCUGUGGUCUCGUUGAUUUUCAAAAAGAUGGCACGCUGCCACCUGGCGUGUUGCCGGGGGUCUCUUAGCAAGGCGACCUCCUCCUCGGGGACAGCGCCACCAGCCCUGUGGGGCGUGGACUGGAAAUCCGGCAACCUUAGCCUCAAUCAGACAUCUCCGUGGGCCUCUGCUAAAUGCACAGAAAACCCCGGGGGCGGGAGAGGCUUCCUUUGUUACAUACAGAUGGGCGAGAGCGGGUUUGUGAAUGCAAACACACUUCCUGAGUCCUGCCUUUGAGAAAAUGACUUAAACUUCUCUUCCAGUUCUUUUUAUUUUGAAUGUUCACAGCCUUUGUCGGCCCCAGUAAUUCUCCUUGGUGCGCGAGGCAGAAAAACCCCCACAAAGCAAACUACUAACCACUAACUUUUGUUGAACAGCUAUUUCUGGUCCAUAAGAGUUCUCUUUGAUUUGUACUAGCACUACGAUAGUUUAAAUAUGGCCAUGUUGCAAAACGUCAGGUUUGCCGGAUCCCUUGGCGAGAAAGUGAUGCUAAGGUAGACCUGGCUUUUUAAAGAUGGGGGGCGGGAGGGAUUCAGGGUGGAAGUCAGGGGAAAUCGCAUCUUACAGGAUACAUUCCACGUAAUGUGCGCCGUACCUUGUGGCAUUUUGGCCCACCCUGUUUGGAGAUCAUUUCUUACUUCCUAACAACCCGAUCGGGAAUUUUGGAAAGGGCCUUUGAAAUAACAGCGGCUGAAACAGAGACACUUCACCACAGUGUGGAGCCGGAUUUUCUCACUGGUAUCACAUGGCCUGGCGGCUUUGAAUUCCUGUACCGAUUUGUAGGGGGUUAUGUAAUUGUGUGCAAUGAACCUGAAAUCGUGUGAGGAACAAAAGGCCAAUUUAUAGGUUUUUCCCCCUAACUUGUGAAAAGCAGUAGAGCCACAUCUGGCGUUCUUUUUCUAGGGGUUUAUGUUACAAGGUGAUCAAAUGAAGGAAAAGCCUGAGUCCAUCUGGCUGGGGAGGGGGUCCGCUCCCCUAGGUGAUGGUGAGAUUAAGCACAAGGUCACGUUCUCGGUGAUCACAUGAGUGGACAGGUGAUGAGUUACAUGGGGGUGGGGGGAUACCUUGGGGAGAGACUGAGAAGCACAGAUAGCAGGCUUGGCUUGCCUGUAUGUGCUGGUGAGGAGUGUGCACCAGGCUGUUGGACUUGGAUUCUAAGCGAGGUUGAGGAGGGAGGAGCUCAGAUUAGCCACCCACCUUCGAGAAAAAUGCGGGGACUGGGGUUUUGGUCUGAGACUUCAAGGAGAAAUAUUUGCACCCUUCCCUCCUCCCUACGGAAAGAAAACAAUAAUCCUCUCUCCUGGAGAUCCCCAGAUGAAGACAUUUUAUCAUCACUGUAGCUUAGACUUUGAAAUACAAUGACACACACAGAUCUGUUCUCAGAUGCAAAACUUCUUGGCACGAAUUCUUUUCUGCAGAGUUGGGUGGUUAUUUCAGAAUGUCAGAAGGAAGAGGAGCAACGGAUCCCAGAAGCGCAAGAAACUCUUCAGAGAGGCUCUGUUAAAAAAAAAUAAAAAAUGCAAAGCUCCUUAUUAACAUGGAGAAAUAUGGUGCCCUGGAUACAUCGCCAAGAGGGAAAUUUCUGUACGAACAAGGGAAUUUCAGGGCCUCGUGGCCAAACCGUGAUGUGGGGGCCAAGACAGCAAGCAGAGCAAGUCUCCCGCGUCCCCCAUGCCGCAACCCACGUUUUUGAGUUGCUGCUUAAGUUGUACACAAAUUCCUGCCUGAGUCAGGAGAUGAGCAGUGGUCUCCGAGAGGGGGAGAGAGAAAAAUGAAUGUAGCAACCCGCCUUUCAGACGGGACUGAAAGCGGUGACCCCAUCGCGGGAGGUUACAGUGCCCCCUGCAUUUUACCCAAGCACAAAAUGUGGACAAGCGGUGAGGGGAGAGCCUCCGUUUACCCCUGGAGUCUUCCCAGCCGAUCGCAGACCUGCUUCCCCGGCCGAUGGUUUCUGGUGUGUUACUACUGUUAGCAUCCUUGAGGGUUUCCCCACUUGUUUUAGCUUUGUGACGUAUCCUUUUCUUAAUCAUAAUUUGCCCUCUGCAAUGGUACAUGACCAGGUUCACUGUUGGGUUCUGAACUUACAAACGGAUGCAUCUAGGGAUCAUGUCGUAAUUUGACAAGGCCUCAGUAGGGGCGACGCGUUUCUGUAACAUUUUGAUAUGUUUCCAUGCACCAACGUAGAUCUUGUUGAAAUAAAGCACUUUUCAAAGAGAA